AUGUCGUCUUCGCAGGAGCUGGUCAAGCGCCCAGAUGGCCAGCUCAUGCCCCCUCCUCCGCCUCCGAAAAGAAUUAAACGCCCUGCGACGGUCCUCGACGAAGAUGUCUACACCAGUACCCUGUCCCACAUUAUCGCCCGCGACUUCUUCCCCGGCCUACUGGAAACCCAAAGCAAGCAAGAAUAUCUAGAUGCGCUAGAAUCCAAAGAUAAAGCAUGGAUCGCGAGCUCGAAGAAGAAAUUGGCAGAUGUUAUGCGCACGCCCACUCCAGGCUCAAAUGCAAGAAGAAAGACCGACCCAACGGACACACCACAGCAUUUCCCGCCCAGUCGACCUGAUGAGACACCCCACGGCUGGGGAGGCGACACACCUAUGUCGGUCGUAUCUACAUCAACAGCCGCGACAGAUGCCCCGGAGCAAAAUGUCCCCGACGUGUCAAACAUGGGUCUCCUCGCCUUCCAGGCAAAAUACACCAGUGAAGAUAACGAGUCCUUCAACAAAGUCAUCGACAAGCAAAAUAUCAAACGCAGAGAAAAACAGCCCUGGCUUUGGACCGGCAACAAAGUCCCCUCUGCUCGUCAAAUCGCCCAUCACGCCCAAGAAACAAAGCGCAUCAUAGCUCAAGGUGGGAACCCCGAAACGGGCCUGAUCAAGCAAGACGGGCCGGCCAUCAAGACCGACUUGGACGCCCGCCCCGCGAAACCAGACUCGUGGAAGACUCGUCCGGACAAUACCCUCAUGUUCCUCCCAUCGUCUGUGGAGGAUACACACGAGACGCUCCCUCAAAAGGCCGAACUUUCGUCCCGCGCAGGCCCGAAACGAACCCUCUACCAAAACACAAGACUCCUCGACUCGGAAGCCGCAGCCGCAGCAGACUCAAUCCCACAGUCUCCCUCCCUCUCCGCAAUCCAAGACGCCAUAGCCGGCCGACCCCGCCUAAAUGAAUCAGAAGCCAUGUCUACAUCGGGAGCAGAAACACCCCGUGUAAACGGCUACGCCUUUGUCGACGAAGACGAACCCGAACCAGAAUCAGACCCCUUCAGCUACACCUCAUCCUCCAAGCCGGGAUCAUCAGAGUACGAAGCAGACUGGCGUCUCUUAGGCCAAGCAGACUCCACCCCAAAUCCAUUCCAACUAUCCGAAACCGGUAAACGCGAAGCCCUCCACCACCGCAUGGUCGAUCGUGUGGCGCGCAACAACAGAGCUGAAAAGGCUGCGCGGGUUACCAAAACCCCUGUUUCGAAUACGCCGCGGUUCGCUAGUAGUCCCAUGCUCGGUUCGAGGACGCCUGGCUCUGUAGCUUCUGCUUCUACGUCUGGUGGGUCUGGAAGACCCGGCAAGAUGUUCACGCCUGCAGCGCAUCGGCUGCUGAAUCAGGUUGGAGGCACUCCGAGGUUUGCUUCUGGGUCUGGAAGGUCUGGGCUUGGGAAUGUCUGGUCGCCGAAGUUGACGCCGAAGUCGACGCCGAAGUUGACACCGAGGAAGUGA